UUUUAAUGUCAAUUAUGGCCAUCAUUAUUAUCCACCUCUUGUCACUCAAUUAAUCAAGAUUUAAAAUAAACGAAAAACUGUAACUAUAUCAAUUAUUCGCGGAUUCGCAUAUUAGUCCUUUUUUAUUCUACCUAGUUGGUACUUUCUUUGUUGACUGUCUAGUACUUUUUUCAGAGGAUUAUGGCAACGCAGAUUGGGCAAUAGGUGCUUUGACUUUGAGAUUUGAGAAUCAUAUUCCAGUUUUUGAAUUCGAAAAAUAAAUCCAAAAUUCAAAAUAAUAAUUCGAUAAUGCUUCAGUGCUAUAAUCGAGGAUGUGGACAAAAAUUCGAUCCGGAAAACAAUAAGGAAGAUUCUUGUAGGCAUCAUCCUGGUGAGCCGGUUUUCCAUGAUGCAUAUAAAGGUUGGAGUUGUUGCAAGAAAAAAUGCAUAGACUUCACAGAAUUUUUAAAUAUCAAGGGUUGUACAUUAUCCAAACAUUCUAAUGUUAAACCACCAGAACCAGAAAAACCUGCUGUGAAAGAUAUACCUGAUGAAGAAGUUGUUGAAAUAAAACCUAUUAUAGCUUCAUGUCUCAAAAGGCCUCCACUGAGCAGCGAACUGAUAAGGAUAGAACCAAAGUUAGCCCCUUCUCUGAAACAACAACUCAAUACCACAGGAUUGAAACAGGAGGAGAAAACUGCUAUUGAAUCUGGUGAAAUUGCUAUUGGAACAAUAUGUAAAAAUGGUGGAUGCGGAAAAGUUUAUAGUGGUCCAGAAACUAAUAGUACGUCUUGCAUACACCACCCAGGAGUGCCGAUAUUUCAUGAAGGAAUGAAAUAUUGGUCAUGUUGUCAGAAAAAAACAACAGACUUCAACACUUUUCUGAGUCAAAUUGGAUGUGAACAAGGGACUCAUCUGUGGCAGAAGGAU